UGGUGAUGGACUUCAGCCUUGCCUCGCUUGUACACAAGAUUGCUCGCUAUGCUCCGCCGCACAAGGCUCUGUUCCCAGCUUGGCGCAGAUUUCCCUCGUUAAUCUGCUGCUCGUGUUUCCAUCGUGCUGUCUCGAAGCAACCAUCUUCUGCGACCAUUUAAGCUCUCAGCAGCUGGGCCAGACUUUGCAGCAAUGACGGCUGCUCGUCUGUCGCCGGCGGCGAGCUUGCUGCGCAACUCAAAACUUUUUGCGCUCCCUCCUUCGUUAUCCCUGCCGCUCACUGAACCGUCGUCCGAACCGGUCGCCUUUUCAGACACUGCCACGACUCCCUACCCGCUUCGAGCAGCCCUCGAAACUCCUACCUCAUCAUUAAAUCGAGGUGACUGGGGUUUGAAGCGGUCACUGCCUGUCAAGACUACAACUUCCUCCGGCACACCUACCAUUAGAAUCCAAAGAGGAAUAGACACUCCGGAGCACGUUGCUGAUUUUGAGUCUGCGGCCGACCAUGUCAUCACUCUACGAAAAUUCCAAGAACUCAAUCUGAGAGUUACGCUUCCGGCCCCGAAAGACAAGAAGUACAAUGAACGGACGAGCGCCUUCAGCCCAGAAAUCGAUCAUACCGCAGACACAGCACCGUUAAUAUUGGACAAGAAGAACCAACCUUCAUCAUGGCUCGCGAAGUCCUCAGGUGAGCGUGUGGCUGAACUGCCCAAACAUCUCCGAGAGACGUUGGAUGAGGUCACGAGAGCCAGGUCUGCCGAUACGGCGUCAGAGAUUGCAGAUGUUCCUCCACCACAAUCGACCCAAGCACCAGAUGUUUUUGCUAGGCGAAGAUGGCGCUACUCAGGCCCUUACUUGGCAGGCAUGAACGGCAUGCAGUUGGAGAACUUCUUGAAGAAAAUCACAAGAGAGAAGAGAGCGGACUUCAGAGCACAUGUGAAACAAAACCUAAUCAACGAGCGGUUAGCUGAACGCCGUGCAGAGGCGCUUGAACAAGGACAGACGGAGACUGUCAACGAGACACCUCUAGAGGUGACCGAACAGGAUGUCACCCAGUAUCUCCGGCACCUCCGAUCAGAGCCUGGCAAAUUUGGUCCGCUCAUAGUCGAAUUUUUCGACCUCGCCGACGGUCCCAACCCGUCAAUGAUGGCUAGAGACCCCUGGUCAUAUGGUCGCGAUACCAUCGCUGCGGAUCAGUUCAGAGAGUCUGGACCACCUCGGACGCAUCCUUCUGCCGGCUUGUCCUACAUCAAGUCAGAAUCAUUCUCCCAAAACGAUGUCGUCGUAGGUCCAAGGGAGACACGUCCUCCGGUACCAGCACGGUUGCUGAAGUCCGUUCCAACGGUGCAUCAAAGACACAUACCAUAUGUUGGCAUGGCUGGUUUCGUCAUUCCACAGCCUUUGUGGGGGUCAACGCGAGAUCGCAACUGGCAAUGGAAAGCCGUCAGAGAUGGGCCAAAGACAGUGGUAACGCCUACAUCUGCCAACGUUUCGCAGGCCGGAAAAGUGGAGAUCAAUACCAAACUGCUACCGGACUGGCAUUUGGAAGAUGAUGUGCCUGUUAACAUUGCUGACAAACCGCGAAAGCAACCUGCUACUGCGCGAACGACUCCUUCUACGAGAGUGCUGCCUUUGGACAGACUAGCCUCCAACAGACUAUCUAAGCAGACGAGGCCUGCUCCAGCGCCGAGUCAGGAUGUUAGUGAAGAGUUGGCUAUGAUGGGACGAGCAGCGUUUCAAUCAUUUGCCAACAAAUCAACGUAGCUGUAGAAUACUUUUGUAUAGAAUUUCAUCUUCUCAUGCUCAUA